CCGCCGCCGGGCUCCGCGCCGGCCGUCGCUCGGGCGCGGAUGGAGGGACGGGGGGAGUCGAGGCACGGCGGGUCGGGGCCUCGCGGGGCAGCGGGGCGUUAAACGCCUCUGACCGGCGGCGUCUGGCCGGGAUGGACCCGGGCGUGGAGAGCAUCGUUCGGGAGAUCGGGCAGCGCUGCGCCGCCAGCGGGCACCCCCUGCCCCCUGCCCUGGUGGAGCUCAUGGUGAAAGCUGUUGGUUCAGAUCCAAGAAAUGACUUUAAAGUGAAUCAAAUCCUUACAAAACAAGAUGUGCAAAAUCUUAUCCAGCUCUGUGUUGCCAGGCUGCUUAGCACAACAAACCCAGCCCUGAGCACAAUUAAGAUGCAAGUCUACUUUAAUACGAACUAUGCAAACCAAGCUGAAUUUCUCAGUAGGCAGCACCGUGUUCUGGAGGGAAGGCUGGCUUCUCUGCUUGGAGCUAUCACAGGGAGUUGUCCUCCUGUGGAAGAAGAAAUGGGGGAUGUGUAUCCAAAGAUAUUAGCGUAUGUGCUGCAGAGCUCUGGCUUGGGAUCCCCAAAAGAUGUUGUGGUUUUCAGGGAGGUAACAGCUGUCCUGCAGAAUGUAUUCCCCCGGAAAAAGAUGAUUACUUUCAUCUCACUCAGUAAGAAAAACAAAGAGGAACAGCUGAGAAAUCUUACCACGAUAGUCACAGGAAUUCUGUUAUACAACAAGGAAUGUGGGAAAGGAGGAAGCGGCAUUGAUGACUAUAUCACCUUUCCAUGUGAUGGCUGGCUCUGUUUUAGGUUUGCUGGGCUCAGGUUGCAGCAUGAGAAAACAUUUAGCUAUUGCGGGUAUACAAAAGUGCGGGCCAUUCUGAAUGAAGCUGUUCUGUCAGCUACGCGGACUGCCGAUGAACGUCUUAGUACUUGCCAUGUGCUAGCCCACCAGUACACGGCUCUGCUGGAAUCCAUGCAGGAAGACCCGCUCAGACACAUGCAGCUUAGUUCUUUCAAAUUAAAAGAAGCACUAUUCAAUGUGAGACAACAUGAGGCCUUCCUUUGCAUCCUUCUGUCUGAUACUACUACAAGUGCUCAAGAAGUUGAAAAGAUGAAUGUGCAGUUUGCAGCAGCAAUGGAGAAGUUGAAAAAAAUAAUGCCAAAUAAGAUUUCUGAAGAUAGAACAGAAGUUUUUCCUCUCUUUGUUGUGCUUUCUAACCUCUGGAGCGGCUUUAAGGAUAAGAUACUACUGAUAAAGUUCCUCACAAAUAUGAUUAACAGUCUGCAACAGUUCUCGGAAAUCCAGUCACAGCUUUUUCCUAAGGAAGUGCUGUCGUCUCUUCUGGAAGGAGUGACUGUGAAAAGUGAUGAGGAAAGGAUAAGAGAAACCAUGGGAACCAGAGUGAAUGUUUCUGAUUUCAAGGACCAAGAAUGGCUUUUUCCAGAGACUACAGAGAAUUUUGAUCAGUUAUUAAUUGAGUACCGUGGUUUCUGUGCGCAUGCGAUUGGUGUGAAAGGCCUCCUCCUCCCAGGAAAUCCUGCUAUUGGAAUUUUGAAGCACAAGGAGAGAUGUUACGUUUUCAGUUCCAAAGAAGCUGCAUACAUUUUUGCUCAAGAUCCAGAUAAGUUCAUUCAACUGAAUGUAGAAAAAGCAAAAGAACAUGUAGAGUUGAUGCAGCUGCUAGAGCUUCAGCAUCAUUUGGUACACCUUGCUCCAUUUGCACUGGCCACAAAUGCAGACAAAUGUUUGAUGAAACUCACCACAGGAUGUGAUAGCACAACUCAGACUGAUACUCAUAUCUUGCCUCCAACUAUUGUAAAAUCAUAUGAAUGGAAUGAAUGGACAAUGAGAAAAAGAGCUAUACAAUUGGCCAAUUUGCGCCGCAAAUCAACUCAUGGCAUGCAGACUGAUCUCAGCCAUAUGAGAAGACAGAACUCCACCCAAGUGUACUUGCCAAAAGAUAUUGGCACCCAGACUAAGCGUGACAACUCGAGCAAUGUACCCAGACCACAGAUAUUCCUGAAAGGUCUCCGAGGAGGACCAUCUCCUACUACUCAUAUGGUCAAAGUACACUUAACAAGAGCGAUAGAUGAAACCUAAGUGAAAAUGAGAAACCUAAACAUAGAUAUUGAAUGAAUAUAAAAACAUGCCUGCAUAUAUCCAAAUUUAAAUACAAAAGAUUUUACUGUGUCUGCUUAUUCCAGGAGCCAUCAAUUUAUUUCAUUUACCUUUUGCGUUGGGGCUGCUGACUGGCAUUCAGUGGUAGAAACGAUACGCCUGAAACACUCAGAUUUUUAAGAGUAAUUUAGAAUCAAGAUAUUCCCAAAGACUUUAACUUAAAUUAGCAUUUAAAUGUUUCCUCUGUGUUCUGGGAUUUUCUUGAGCUUUUAUUACAAUGAUUGCUUGCUGAAACACUGUCCUUAAAAGCCAUGUCUUUGGGAUGUGAGAAGGAUAGUGUGAGACAUGUAGCUUUUAUGAGAUUCAGGGCCAGUGUUGCAGCUGCUAUGGGGGUAUAAUUCCCAUUGCUCUGAAACAAAACUGAUGCCAAAAGACCACCUGAAUGUCACCGAAUCAUUAAGAAGGUCAAACUAGCAAAAUGCGAUCAGUCUAGGUCCUUGGGCCUGUCCAUCUGUGCUCUUGUUAUCCCAGGCGUCUCCACAGGGCAACAAGCAUUAUGAGCGCAGGCCAAGGCAGGGGCUGAGAGGAGGGAAUCUAGCUUGGGUGGCUCUGACAGCCUUUUAGGUGUCUAGUAAUUUCUGUACUCACUGGCUAGGCAGUGUGCUGGUGAGCUUCACAAUAGGAAGUUGACUUACGGGCAUGUUUUUGAAAGCUCUGUUUCACUUGUGUUUGAAAAACUAAAGCACAACAGGGAGAGGUUUUUAGCUGUAUUUCAUUGUGACACUGAAAUAUGUGCCAGGUCUGACAGAAGCAAGUGCAGCUCCUACUUCUGUUUGUGAAAACCUGAAUCAUUUGAGUUUUAAGAUGAAACAUCAUCUUAAACGAUCAGUGGAGUACUUUAAAACAGAGAUACUUUUCAAAGCAAAAAAGAACUCCAUGUAACUAUCUGCAGAAUGUCCAGGUGUGCAACUGUGAUUGCAUGGGGAGUGUGCUGGGGUUCCCAAGUCUCUUUCUCUGGUCAGCUGCACUGUGGAGCAUCCUGGUUUCCUGGGUCGCUGUUAUGCAAACUUGCGAUACUAAAGCUUGAAGAUGCAAGCUGCUGGGUGAUUUUUCUGUGGCAUUGUUUUGCGGAAUCAAACCCUAUAACCCAAAAUGAGUUAUGAAACAGGUACACAUCAGCACUGUGCAGGACAGCAUUCUCUUUUUAUUUUGCUGUAUCCAAGGCUUCGGUUUUUCAAGUUAUGGGACAAAUCCACAAGGCAUUACAAAGAACAGGACUAGGAGAGGAGCCCACAAAAAGUAGUUUCCAGUAGUUGAUUUUCUCUUAUGUAAAAAAUAAUCAGUAGCAGCCAGAGGUGCUGCUGCUCUGUGUAAAUGA